UAUUCUUCGCUCACCUCUCCCUGAUCCUUUGCCGAUCCUCCCUCCCCCACACCCCUGGGGUUUGCCAAUUGCACAUUAUACAUGCAUACACACAUUUGCACAUUACAAUACUAACUAGAAUCCUUCACAUUCCCUUUGCUUUCCACCCCCUCCUUGCUCUCUGCAGCAUCAUUUGUUUCUAUUAGUGUAUUUCCCUAAAAAUCGACAGAAGUGACUCAGCCUGUUUCAGUUACACUCAGCCUUUCUUUGUCUGGGCCGUCUCACCUUUCCAGCUUUUAUGUGUGACUGUCUGCGGGUUUGUGUGACCACCUUCCUUACAGUCCCACAGUGAAUUCCACUGUCAUUGCAGUUUUUAUCUGCGCAGCUUUGCAUCUGAAAUGAACUCCUCUCCUCUCCUCUUUGUCCUGCCGUGUACAGUUUUACCCACCAGCCAUGCAAGAGUUAACGUUUUUUCUCUGCGACAGGAGUGAGGGUAGUGGGUGGAGGGGCUUUGCUAAUAACAAUGCGGUGCUACCAGCAACCAGCGUGGACAGACACCCUCUUUUCUCCUCUCUUUUAUGCCACCCCUGUCUGGAUCUACAAUACGUCUUCCUCCUUCUCCUAAUUUUCUCCUCCAUCCCAGACGCAUCAGUUUGCUUCUAAACACGCUCAUCGAUCUACCGAGCGAUUCCUCCUUGUUUUUAACUUAAUAACUCAGCCCUGCUGUUGCUUCUCCUUCUCCUGCACAUUUGUCUUCCCUUUAUCCAUCAAAACUACAGUCCGUCCUUUUGGGCUGCACAGCACAGCAAAACCAGACAGUGAAGCGGGACCAUGUCUGAUUUAGUGGAGAUUCAUUUUCAGUACUUGCCAGAAGCAAGGCAGAAAAAUAACAAUUAAAGAGAUGGUAAAGAGAUGGUAAAAUCACUGUGUGUGUGUGUGUGUGUGUGUGUGUGUGUGUUUGUGUGUGUGCAACAGACCUUUUUAUUUGCAAGCCACAUUUCUCCCAGUGAGACGCUGUCUCUUUGUCUCUGCUCCUGCUGCAGUGAUAGUCACUGCCUGAGUGUGCGUAGUUGUGUGUGAAGGUGAUGCUCAUGUUUGUUUGUGUCUAAUUUGGCAUGCACUCAAGUUCAUGGCUGAAGCUCACACUUAAUCAGAAAGUGAUAGUUUUACUGGUUCUGGAUGUUUUUUUGUGAUUAGCACAAUACAGCACAGCUUGCCAUCGUCGCUUUAAAUAACAGCGAGACAAACGUUGUGCGUGUCUGUGUGCGAACAUGUUUUGAGCGCGUUUGGUCACUUUUCAUUUCGCUCCGACUAAUAAAUCCUAUUACCAGCAUCUUGGGAUUUUCUGUCGAUUCCAUAGCAGGUAGCAAACGCUGCCAGCCUGCACGCAAUAAGGAAAUAAAUCAGCUUUUAUUGCUGAUGAUCUGAUUUUCUCAUUCUCCUUAUUCAGUUAGGUAUGACCACCCACUCUGACCCAAGAUCCUGAAGAAAUCCUGUUACAGUUCCCCUUGUGAUAUAGAAUGACUCCCCCUGGGGUACAAAAAGGUGUCCGACUGUGUGCAUGUGGAAGUGGAGUGGGAGAGAGAGACAGAAGGGGGGAGGGCCGAGAGGGGAUUAUUUGGGCCGAUGUAGUCCACUGGUGUGCCAUCUAUAAGGAUGGAAAUAGGAUUGAUUACUUCAUGCUGCCCCUAUUAACUGGUAUCAUUAAAGUGGAGGAGGGACUGGAGGGAUGGAAAGGACAGGAGUAAGUGAUGGAACAAGAGAAAGCGAUAAAACAGACGGGAAUCAUUGGAGGGACGAUGCUUGACCGAAUGCAGUUGUGAACUAUAUUGUGUUGUAGUUAGCAGAGAAGCAAAGCUCGUUGAUAAGGAGCAGCUCUGUUGUUGUUUUGGAUGUACAUCUAGAUAGAAAAUCAGAGCAAAAACAAUAAUCAAGCAGCUGCAAGACGCUAUUUCUGGGUAUUUUGUGGUGUUGCCUGCGUCCCUAUUCCGAUGGCAAUCCGUUUUCUGUGCUCAGUGAGUUAUUGCCUGGUUCACACAUCCAAACACUCAGGCAUACUUCAGUGAAUCAUCACUUGUGAAAUUCUGUUUUCAGGGUGUCUAUUGUGUCUUGUGAAAAUGGAGCGUUUAGCUUAUUUCGCUGCUAUUUCUGUCUGUGUUGUGUCGCUGACGGGAGAUGGGAGGAGAAGGGCUGGAUGACUAAAGCUUAGCUUAUUUCUGAAUAGACUUUCUCACUAAGCUUUAUCCUGCCAGAUGAUUCUAUGUGAAUGGCAUGCGACAUAAGGAACACGGUAUUUUCUUUCCAAAAUGGACAAGAAGAUGAUUGUCUUUGUGUCUGUUUAUCGUCAAAUGUGCAGGAGUCUUAAAAUGCAUGUCUUUAGACUCCCAUGCAUGCUCAUUUCAACCCCAAUUUAGCCUUGGGAAACUGCACAAGGAUACGGAAGGGUGAUGUCAUUAGAGAUUAAUUACAUGCAUGCAAAGACCCAGCAUGGGCUGCAUUAUAGGAACAGGGUUUCAUCUUUAAGGAUAACUGCUCCACUGCAUUUUAAUGUAAAUCUUGCUUUAAAUCUAAUGGUGUCACGUGGAAACACUCAAGAUUCAUAAAUUAUGGUUAGGCACAUCAUCACUCUACCCAUUUAGGUUGCUUCUCCCACUCUUUUGCUUCUGUUUCAAUGUGGUGGAAUUCUGCGGAAAUAUGUAUAUGGAUCCAGGGGAGACAUGGUGGGACGGGGAGGGGAUGCAUAUGUGUGAGUGUCGGGGUUCCCCUGGGACCACCGAGCUGUAAAACCUGUCUGCUCUCCAAUGGGGGAGGAGAGGAAUAAAGCAAAGUGCCAAAGACAAAUGGCUUCUGUAAUAACCACAUGUGCUGUUGGACCGACAACAAAGACACCAAGGGAAGGCAUGCAGGCAUGCGUUGAUGUGUGUGACACUCUUUGUAUUGCCACAUGUGUACAUAUGUUUCUGAAAAUGUAAACCAACUCAGCAACGGAAUACGAAAUGUGCUUCCUGCCCGGCUUACAAAGAGGAAUACACGAGAUUCUGAAGUAAAUUCCUUUGAAAUGGAUUUUCUUCUCUGAAUCUUUGAUCCCCUGAAUGAAAAUAGGAUUCACAAUCUGCCCUUCUUGACAGCUGUAAAACCCUCUGAUAUGGAUCUAUAUGAAUAUUUGUGCUGGUAGAGGAAGGCUGUUCCACCAAAAAAUGAUGCUCCUACACAGCUAAAUUGCAUUUUCAAUUACUUAUAGAGAGAAAUGUAUUUUCUCCUGAUAAUGUAAGUAGUAGCAAGUUCACUGUUUGCACAACACAACACAAAACUUUUAGCCAGGAGGAGGUCUCUUGUAUGACCAAUGUAUUUAUACUUAAGUUUGAUGAGUGUUGGCUCAACAGGUAAAGCUCUGGGCUACUGAGUAGAAGGUCAAAACACCAGUGCUGUCCCUGUUGAGCCCUUGAGCAAGCUGACUCUGCACUCUGACCCCAACUGCUGCAUGUGUAAAAGAACAUUUCACAAUGCUGAACAUGUCUGAAGCUUCACCUCCAUUUUCUGGGUUACCAGGAUGACAAAAUUCUCCAUCUAAUAUAUCACUGGUUGGCUGAAAAGAAAUCGAAAAGCAAUUCAGUACAAGUGAAACAGUAAUAUUGAUUAUCCAUGUAUUUUUGUACAGCACAAACAAAUUCAUUGUGAGACAAAAUACGUUUAACUCAAAAUGUAAUCGAGGAUGCAGUUGCAUAUUUUUGGAGAGGGAGCUCGGUAGAGAGGAGGGUGGAAUCUUAUAUUUCAUUUUGUAAAAAGGAAAACCCUACACAUCAUUUUUAAUAUUGUCUUCGGAGCCUCUCCUUCACCUAGAAAAUCAGAUCACACACCCUCAUACCCAUAUCUCGGGAUAUUUAUGGAAAAUAUAGCAACAUGCUGAAUAAUUCAGCCUCAUUCUCUGUUCUGGAGUCAAGAGCGGUUAAAUGAAUUCCUCUUCUCUCUCUUCCUCAAAAGCAUUUUCGAUGACUCAUCUCUUCUAGCUUCUGUUUCAGUAUAACUUAAUUACAAACAUCUUUCUGGUGUAACUAUUUUAACUUUCAUACAGUCCCUAAAUGAGAAGCCUGGAGGAGACAAGCCAGCUGCAACUCUUAGAGUCCAGGCUUACUUUUAUCAUGAGACUCGCGUGUCUACCUGGAGAACAGAAACUUAUAAAAUCCAAAAACAUGUUCCCAGUUCCAUCAAUGAGCGUAAUUCAGUACUAAUUAGCAUUCUAUCUGGUGAGGGAUUCUCAAUAAUUAUUUCACUCUCCUCUCUUGGGUUUCUCUCACCAAGUCACUUCAGAAACUUCAGGGCUCUAUAGCUUAUCCUAUAGAGGCUUAGAUGAUGUAUUCCCUUCAAUCAGCCUAAUUAAAAAAAAAAGCCGCAGCCCUUCUGCAACAGCUCUCCUCUUUUCUGUAUCCAUCUGCUUGUCUCGUCUCACCCACCUUCAAGUUUGUGUCUCAGUCUCUCGCCCACACAGACUGAUUCCUGCUCACAUCCAGAGAAAAAAAAACGAGGACGGGGAAGGCCUGUCUCUUCUCUCAAUUGUACACCACUUUAGAUUUUCACCUCGAGUUACAUUGAGACCCCCACCCCCAUCACGUCAUGUUCUCAGCUCGUCAUUUCUCCCCCUUCUCAGAAGAGCUUUUCGCUGGUUAAAUGCAGCACUUGAUAGGUUAGGAGCCUGGUGAAAAUCACAAAUCCAAGUCCUUCACUGAACUUGAUCACUGCUGAGAUAUCAUCUUAUCCUGCCCCAUGCUCUCAUCGCUCCAGCGAUGCGUCUAUCUGCCUGUUUUGCAGGGACGUGAUUGCUCCUUCACGCAGCUAUUUCGAGCAGUUGUGUAUCUCAUCUUCAUCGUGCGUGGGCGUGAGUUCGCAUGUGAAAGUGAUGCACAGCAGAAUGUAUGCGUGAGCUGUGAAUGCAAAAGCAUAAAGCUGACCUUCAGAACUGUGCUGUCUGUUUCCAACCGACCUUUUUUCCCUGAUGGAAGACGCAGGGGUCAGGACGCGUACUCUUCCAUUCCCAGGGAUUUGGCAUUUCCAUGACAACAGAAGUAGGACUGUUCAAUUUUUUCUUAGGCGUUGCUUCCUCCUGUUUUCCCGAGAGGGCUAUAGACCGAACAGUUACCUCAAACUAGUCGAUUUCACCAUCAAGUGAACCAAAGCCCGCCUUCAUUACAAAUUCCAGCCCAGAUCACCUCAGCAUGCAUAUAUGCAUCGCUAAUAUCGGCACUGUCCUCUUUGGUAUGCUCAGAAAUCUAUCUCAAGGUAAAAGCUAGUGCCAUGCUAAAGCAAUUUAAUUCUGAGAGAAGCUGUCAUGUCAUCACUGAUACCUUGUUUAUUCUUUGCGGAUAACUAGCAAACAAAUAAAAAAAUAAUGUAAAUGAACUGUUUGCCUGCAGCACCGUUGGCAAUAGUGCAUACACAACUCAAGAAGCCAGAAAUCAUCCCUGUCUUAUCAUCCUCUGAUCAAACAGAAAAGGCCUGAUGAUCAAAGAUAUUUCUCUUCACAUUCGUUACAUUUGUAAUUGCAUAAUUCAUAUUUCUGUCAAAGAAAAACAUCAACUUACCUCCCGUCCAAUUCUCACUCCCAUGUGAUCUUCUGUACUUACUGCAUGCUUGUAUGUAUUUCACCAAAAUAAGAGAGUGUGAACGCAGUGACAGCCUGCCAAGUGUUUCUUUUUUUCCCUCUCUUUCUAAAAUGCAUGUUUCUUGCUUGUGCUUGUGCUUUUCAUCAUCACAACAGGUUAUUUUUUUUCAAACACUCCGACAGGUUCUUCUGCUUUUUCUUUUCGUGUUUAGGCUUUUGCCAGAUUGAUUUUGUCAGCCACGCUGUUGGGUGAGACGCAGCUUAUUCUGGUUCAGCCACUGUGACCAAGCUUAGCGCUCAGCCUCCAAAGACUGCUGUCAUCAGCACAAGCUGCGGCGCUACAUCAGUGCCGUAAUCGAUCUGCCACCAUGUCCUCUCGGAGAAUUCGCUCCAUAACACAAGUCUCUGUCUCCCACUCUCAUCCCUCUCCUUCCCCGCCUCUUUGAGUUUUUUUUUCUGUGCGUGCUUUCUAAUUAGCUAAUUAUUUGAUUGUGUGCCCCAGUCGUGGAUAAAUAUUAGCAAUGUACACACAGACUGACUGGGGCAGACAGUGUGUGAAUUAUCCUACAUGUUUGUCUAUCUGAAUGAAUUUCUCUGCAUCUGUCAGUAAUUUUGGAUUCUGAGCAGAAUACCAGUAUAGAAUAGAACUGCUUUAUUUUAACGCUAUCUGAAAUUUUGGUUCCAUAAUUGCAAACCUUAAGUCAAAGUGCCUUUUUAACCACGCUCAGCUCACCGAGUUCCCCAAAGCUGAUCUUCUUUUAACAGACUCCUCUCAAAACCGUGAUGAUAUCUCCAAAUUACUUUCAAGAUGACCUUGAGGAAAUUCAAAUCACAUUUGAACGUUUCCCUUUCCAGUGUAAUUGGAAAGAAUUUGGCUCUUCAGAUUUUGAGUGCUACCAAAUAUGCCACAGGCGGUGGAAGCUGCCACCUUAGCAGUCAGCUUGCUUGCUGCCACAGGACACACAGAGGAGCCACCCGCUAAUGAGAACAGACGCCCCUGCUGCAAACAUAAUUAGAAGGUGGGAAAUCUAUUCCAACUUUGGAAACUGCUCAAAUAUUCAGUGUGAUGGUUUGUUAACCACACACACAUAUAAGCAUUUGAGCAGCAUUUGAGUGGUCGACUUCUUUUCUUUUUUUUUCCUUCUUUAUUUUCCAAAUGUGCAAAAAUACAAAAUAUCAAAGUGCAAGUGCAAAAAGUGCAAGUGCAAAAGGUGCAGGUGCGUUGGAGGGUAGGAGCAAUGGCUUCUCCAGCAGCAGAACGCAGAACAACCAGACAGACAAACCGUUUCUCAACCUUGUUCUGUUCUUGUGAAGAAAACGCAAAUUUUUCCUGCCUUCUCUGGGCUUUUGUUUUCCUGGGCUUCCCUGACUGAGCCUCAAACUCUUCCUCCCAAAAAGGAAGCUCCUCAAACAUGACUUUAGCUUUUUGUGCUCUAGUACGGACAUUCACAGGGUUCACUGGUUCACUUUCUGACUUUUUAGGGACAGAAUCAACCUUCUCUUCCUCCAACAGGUUACUCUGGGACAUCAGAUCAACUAAAGUGGGAACAUCAUUGCCAAGAAUGGCAUCAAAAGGCAAGUUUUCUGCUAAGGCUACAUUCAACAGACUGAAGAGACAUCCAUCUUCCUGAAAAACCUUUCAAAUACAGCUUAGUUAAAUCACCGCAAAUGCAAGAUAAGUGGUGAGUUAAAGUGAAACAGAUUUCAUGAGAUGACAUUUUGCCCCUGGAUUAUUAAACUGAAUGGUCGUCAUCACGUAGACCCUGAAGAGGAUAGACAGAGAAGGACGCAGCUCCAGUAACUCCAUAAAUGGCCUCAGCACCCUGCAGGUGUAUUUGAGUGUGGCUACAAAAAUCAGUCGGACAUGAGCGUUCCAAGUAGUUACCAGGGACUACGGGUCAAUGUUGACAGAGGAGAAAAGGUUGGAGGUAAAACCCAGAUCCAGUUCAGUCAGUCUGGGGAUGAUAACGCAAAUCAGUUGUCUUCAAUCAGUGAUCAAAAAGGCAGAGACUUGAUUGAGGACUCUGGGUACAGCGCAAGCUCCAUUCCUCCUUUGGUUUCUCAGACUGAAUCCCCAGACAAGUUAGUAAUCUGGGGCUCCGAACAGCAAUGCAUGGAGCCCGAGCUCAGACAGUUUGAGAUUUUGGAGCGUCAGGAGAUACACACAUUCUUGGGAAACAGGAAUCAGGAGGAAAAUGAGGAGGAAGACGAUGGAGGAAGUCUGAGGGAUGAAAAAGAUGAAGGUCCCAUGUCCAUUUCCUCCAGUUCAACUGCCAGCUCUGCUUCGACUGGCGUGCGGAGAAAUGACAAUGACAGCAACAAAGUGGAGAGCAAAAUACAAAGGGGCAAAGAGGUGCAGAAACGAAUGGGCUGUCAUAGCACUGAAGAGCUUGACAAAUGUGUGACAAGCUCAGUAGAGAAAAGGGACACCAGGUCAGGCAGGGAGAAACGAAAGGGAGGUCUGAAGGAGUCCAAGUCCGAGACAAAUGUGUUUGUCUCCAGUCUAUCAGCAGUAGCUCUCAGUGGAAGCUUGUCUAGUGCUCUGGAUAGUAGUGGAGAAGCAACUCUCAUCUCUAUGUCUAAGACCAACCCUUAUCCUAAUGCCAACAACACUACCUCAGCCCACACCAGAAGAAGUGCAGCCCCUGUGGAUACCAAUCAGAACUCCCCACCAACGCAUCUUCAACAGAAACAUGGUUGUCCCCAAUACUGCAGCCAGGAUCAGAGACACGGGGAGGAAAGUCAUCACAGAAAUGGAUUGUCCUCUGAUGGAGGGAUGGGCCAGAGGAGAAAGGCCGGAUUUGAUGACAGAGUUCUACCCCCACGACGACAACAGCUCGUCAGACCUCUCUGUCAGACAGAGAUGGGAAGAUCGAGGAGCUUAGCAGAGACCCAUUCUCAUCCAACCGAGGCUGGGACACCUUCGACCCUUCACCAUUCUCCAGAUCCACACAGUAAUGGGUCAAACAGAAAGUUUACAAAAUCAUCUUUACGUGAACCAUCAGAUUUCUCACAUCUCUACAACACAUCUGGUUUCUCCCAGCUUCAGCAGCCCAGCCAGGCAUCCAACAGGGAGACUCCAGCAGUGGAAAGACAGCAGGCCACAACUGUACGGCAUAGCUCCAGUCCAUCAAACCCUUCCACCUUAGAGAAGAGACCCCAGACUCAGCUUACAUACAGAAGAAACUGCUCCAGUCCCAACAGGACUGGGGUCGACUCCAGGUCAUCUACCCCUCCCCACUCCCCUCUCAGGACACCCCAGGGCUCACCACGCAGGCAACCCUCCAUGUACCUCAUUUCCAGGAAUGUCCCUGGAGUGGUUCGACACAUCCCAUCGGGAUGCAACCCUGCUGUACCAACAUCAGCUCAGGGCUAUGGCAACAGUUGCUUGAGAGCACCAGUCAAAACUAAUAUAAGCACAAGUGGAAUCCCUAAAGCGCCUCUUCACAACCAGCAGAGUUCCCCCAACUCUAACCACAACUCCCCCAAAGAGAGCUCCCCAUCACCCAAACUGAAGCCUAAAGGAGUUCGCCCUAAGAUCAUUACCUAUGUCCGAAAGAAUCCUCAGUUUAAACCCCAGGCUUCUGACGGUCCUUAUCAGGUAUCUUCUCUACCAUCCAGGCUCUCCACCUACCCCCACAGCCAGACACCCACGUCCUUCAAAGACACACCUAAAGACCCCUCCAAGCCUGACGCAGAAUCCAGAGGAGCCCCAGUUCUUAGUGCCUCCAAUCUGCUUUAUGACAAGUACCGCCAAGAGAUGCAAGCGAACAGUUUCCCAUCAGGAAUGAUGAGCAGGAAUAUCAGGGCUCCUGGACACACAAACACUGUCCCCCCGACACAUACACAUAGCCACACUGCACCACCGAAACUGGGCAGCAAAGCAGACAACUUCUACGGGACACCAUCAGAGGUGGGAAGAUCCGCCAGUUUUAAAGGCAGCUCCCCCGAGGACGCUCUUCAGUCAAGGACGGCUGCUCAGGCCGGAGGGAGCGGCAGCCUCCUGCGCUCUGGCCGAGGUCUGCGUCUGGGCCUCGGAGCUGUCACCAGGACGACUACAGGCUCAGCAAAGGUCAGAGGGCCAGGUCAAGGUCAGAGGUCAGCACUGGUCUUCAGCCAGCCAGUCCAACCUGUCAGUCCAGCGACCAGUCAGAAAGGCCAAGAUAACACUGAUGACCAGGUCUUCACCCACAAUGCCCCCGCCGCUCCUCCUCCUGCCCCGACUGCCGCAGCCCAGCCCCAGGCAGCAGCCUCCAGGUCUCUGCUUCCCAAAGCGAGUCAGUCAGGCCUACGUCCCCCCGGCUUCAGCUCCAGCCGCCUCCCCGCUGGCCGCCUGGCAGCUUUCGGCUUCGUCAGGAGCUCCAGCGUCUCCUCCGUCUCAUCCGCCCACUCUGCUGACAGCACACAGAGUGACCCCUGCAGGACAGCUCACCGUCUGAGUGUGAGCGAGGAGCCUCCUCUUCACAGAGUGACCACAGGCACUGCGUCAACAGAUCAUCAGAGAGGGGCACCAUGUCGCAGCAACAGCCUCCAGCCUCCCUCCACCCCUGCCCUGCCACGACGCUACCUGCCCCCACAGCCAAGAAGCUCUCCUGGAGUUGGCCGGAAGGAGUUUCAGAGGAGUUCAGAGGUCACACGUUCCCUCCCGUCAUCUCCAAAGAGGCUGGCAGUGGUUCCUCCCAAACCUCAGUCCCCGGUCCAGUCUGGGCAGCGGCCUGCAGCAGCAGUGCGAGGGUCAGCUCCCCUCGGGUCUCCUCGCCGUGUUGCACCCCUGAGGCUGCAGCAAGAACAGCAGGAGAACCUGCAGCGAGAGAAGGAGGAGGCUCAACAGAAAGAGAGAGAAAGGCAAGCAGAGGAGAGAAAAAAGGAAGAGCAAAGGGAGGAGGUUCAGAGGCUGCAGGGACGCUGUGAACAGCAGGAGAGGCAGCUGAAAUCUCUACGAGAUGAACUCAGGAAGACUUCUCUGGGUUUAGAAGCCUUCAUCAUUACCACUCAGCAUUAUUGCCUCAAGAAUAAAACUAAAGAAGAAAAUCAAAGACAGCUGUACUUGGAAAUGCAAAAGAUCAGAGAUGAAAUGGCAUCUAAUUCAGUGCGCUGGGAGAGACUCCAGCGGGAAAAAACAGCACUGGAGGUGGCUUUUGAGCGAGAACUACAAGAGCUCCAGCUGCAGCAGGAGGCUGAGCUGGCUGCUGUGGAGGAAGGACUUCGGAAGUGUCACUCGGCAGAGACAGAGCACCUAAAGGCAGAGCACCAGUCAGAGAUGGAGGAGCUGAGGACUCACCAGCAGGAGCAGGUAGAGGAGAUGACAGUUGGCCACCAGGCAGCCAUUCAGGAGCUCAGAGACAUGCAUAACAUCACCAUGGCAACACUGCAUGAGGAGCACGCCCGCACAAUGAGAGAUCUGAGGAAAGCUCACGAGCAACAGAAGAUGCUUCUAGAGGAGGACUUUGAGAAACUCAGACUUUCUCUACAGGAUCAAGUGGAUACUCUUACAUUUCAAAACCAGAGUCUGAGGGACAAAGCCAAACGCUUUGAGGAGGCUUUGAGGAGGAGUACGGAUGAACAGAUAGUUGAUGCUUUAGCUCCAUACCAACACAUUGAGCAAGAUCUGAAGAGCUUGAAAGAAGUUGUGGAAAUGAAGAACCAGCAGAUCCACCAGCAAGAGAAGAAGAUCUCAGACCUGGAGAAAGUGCAGGCCCAAAAGAAUGUGUUCCUCGAGGAGAAGGUCCAGGUUCUGCAGCAGCAGAAUGAAGAUCUGAAGGCUCGUAUUGAAAUGAACCUGGCCUUGUCCAGGCAGCUGUCAGAGGAUAACGCCAACCUCCAGGAGUCUGUGGAGAAGGAGAGCACUGAGAAGAAGCGACUGAGUAGGAACAACGAGGAGCUGCUGUGGCGUCUCCAGACCAGCCCGCUGAUGUCCCCCACCUCCUCCCCACUGCACCGCUCCUUCUCCACCUCCCCCGUCCCCUCAUCCCCGCUAUUCUUCUCCUCACCUGUUGCAGGGUGUGACUCCCCCAGUCACUGCCACGGCUGUUCCCAGCAGGCCCAGUACUCCUCUCCCUCCCACAGAGCUGCUACUAAUCAAAAUCUCUCCCCAGGACCGGCCACACCUGCUCACAGGGCAGCGAUUAAUCAGAAUUUCUCCUCCAACCCAGCCACACCUACUCACAGGGCAGCUGUGAAUCAGAAUUUCUCCUCCAACCCAGCCACACCGACACACAGGGCACCGGCCAGUCGCUGUAACUCAAAUUCUUGUCUUAGCUCUUUACAGAGAUAAGCUCUUUCCUUAUCUGACUAAUUUCCCCUUUUCCUUACAUUUUUCUCUCUCCACCUCCCCUUUUUGAUGACGAAAUCAGAAGAUUUGUGUAACUGGACACACAGUAAAGUCUGCAUCAAAGCAAUGCGGUUACACAAUGUUGAACUCCCCAACCAUCAUGUUAAACACAACUUGAUGCAGAGAAAACAAUAACAUAACAGGCAUAUUAGGGCACUUCAAAAAGUUCAGGCCUCACCGGGAAAAUGUCACAGGAGAAAGAUUGUUCCGUAGUCUCCAUUAACUUCAAUGCACUUUGAACGCCAAAGUUCAAGCUUCACCAUCCCUUCACGGAAGAAGGUCACAUCUUGAGCCUUCAGAUAUUCCUCAACAGCAUGCAUGACAUCUUCAUCAGUCUGAAAAUGGUGAACCACACGAGUUGGAUUUUAGUUUAGGGGAAAGAUAGAAGACAGAUGGGUCAUGUCUUGUGAAAGACCACAUUUCGAAGUCACAUUUGGCUGUUUCUGCCACCUGUGCUGUGUGGAUGAAUGCAUUGUCCUGGAGCAACAGCACACCAGCUUUCCUCUUCCUUUUUCUUUGAUUGCUUCAAACAUUGAAGUUUUUGUGAACAGUGAUAUAAGGCAAUAUAGUAUACAGUUAUGCCCCAAAAUGGGAGUUAGCUCCUUUUUUCUUGGUGAGGCUGACAACUUUUUUGAAAUAUGCUCAGACACAUUGUAAUGUGAAAAUACAUAACAGAUGACUGAAGCUCAGCUCUUUGUCCCCAGUCCACACUUGUAUUAAUAUAGAGUCUUGAAAUGUAGAGUGUAUAUACUGUAUGAUAGUGGCACAGACAGUGUUGAAAGGUUAAACCUCCCUUUGCAUGGGUAGUCACGAGUCCUGCACAGUAUGACAGUACAGAUGGAAAGUAGCACACUCUGAUCACCAGAAUACUCUGGCAUGUGAAAAACACAGUCAUGUCCUUAGCAGAAUAAGCUAUGUUUUCUCAUUGGGAUUAGUUUCAUAUACUCAAUUCUGUUUAAAUGAAUGGAUUGCAAUUCUGGAUUAUGAACUGGAUCAGCUUUCAACUGAAUAUCUUUUUGUUUCGUUUUGCUUUUCAUCCGGAAAAAUCCCAAGCAAAGCGCCUUAUACUCGGUCCUGCCACCUCACCAGCAGAGAACGACCAACGUUUUAUUUUUUAAGGACUUUGGAUAAAGAAUUGGUUUGUUAGUAAAAGUAUUAGUCAAAUGUUUUCUAAUUAGUUCAGUGCUGAUAGUUUUACUUGUGUGGGAAAGCCCUCCUUGGAACCCCAGCCAUUUAACCUGCAAAAUACAAAGACCUUGAUGUUCAAAGUGUUUUUUUAAAUAAAAGAAACCUUGCCAGGUCUUCCGACAGUGUCUCACCACAUGAGCUACUUUUCACUUUUGGGAUCCCUCAGGUCAACUUGCAAAAACUAUGUCUGCCAUUUUGUAUUUACCUCAGUGGGAAUGUGCAGCCUGUUGUGUUCCAUAGCUCAACAGCAAACAACAACAAAAUCACACAGCUACCAGGGACUUCAAAGCUAAGGGGGAAACCUAGCACAGGAAUCACUGUUCUAAAUGUUGUGAAUUUCUUUAUGAUGUGAUGUUUCUAUCUAAGUUAUUUGUCACAUGUGUUUUGCUACUUAAGCAAGCAUGUACUGUGAAAGUCUUCCAGUUUUAUCGUGAAACUUUAUUAUUGCUGUGAUCUAUUUAUUAAGCUUGAGGUGUGGAGGAAGUAAAUGAUGUUUGUAACUUUGAAAAAUAACACUUAUGGGACACAAGUGGAAUUGUGAUGUGAUGUGCCCAAGGAGAACGCAGAUAAGCUGCAGAUUAUUUGACUUGCCGUCCUCACACAUACAGUUGUAUGCAAAACAUCUAACACCCCUGGGCAAACUGCAUCUUUUAUUGAUGUUAGAAGAUGUAAAAACGACCCUUCGAGCAAAUAUCAGGCUGUCUUCAAAUGGUAAGAAACUCUUAGUUGCAAAGGUUUAGUUGUAAAAUCUCAUUAGGUCUUAAUUGGCUCAUUAGGAUUCAUAAGAUGAGCCGAGAAUGAAAGCAGUUUACACAUGGAUGUACAGAUUUUUGCAUACACCUGUACAUAGAUGGUGUUCAGGGGACUGUCUUAUGAUAUAUGUGUCUAUAAGCUAUGUAGGUUUAAAAAAAAAACAGGUUAAUCCUCUGUUUACCUCUUUGUGAUGUAUUAGAUUAGUGUAGACCUUUCUGAACCUGUGUUAACCUCUUCAUAACCUCCUCUGAUGAUUCUGGUUUAUUUAUGUGAAUAACACUUUUCUAAUUCCUUCAUCAUUACGUUCUAAACUUUGCAAACUGCGCUGAAUUGUCAGUGCUCACAAAUAUAUCCUUCAGGGAAUUGUUUUCUAAAUUUAGAUUAGAAAUUCUUUCAAUUUUCUUUUGUAUAGCUUCUCAGCAGAACAUUAUACA